CUUAAGUGACGUCACUUCCUUUUUUUACGUCGUUAGCAAGUCUAAAAGAAAAUGUUUGCUAGCAAAAUGUCAACAAUCUUUAUGGAAAGUUCUGCACUCUUUCUGCUCCUCUUUUGGACCUCCUGCCAGGCACAAAUGCACGUGGAAGAAGCUGAGCACACUGCAGGUGCACAUGGCGAAGGGGGCGGGGCCUUCUUUGCGCUGAGGAGCUGCCACCAGCUGCUGCAAGGCGACAGUGGCGAGUUCUUCUCUCCAGACUACGUGUGCGCCAACCCGCCUCUGUGGUGCAACUGGACCAUCCAGGUGGGUGCCGGCAAGCGGGUCCAGCUGCACCUGGAGGACCUGACCCCGGACGACGCCUGCCACCUGAAACAGGACCAGAUCCACGUGGACGAGCCCGCCGGCCCCUCGGGGGCUCACAAGGUCCUGCAGAGGUGCUGGCGGGAGGCCAAGUACACGUCCUCGUCUCGGACCGUGCAUGUGGUCCUGCUGAUCGGGGGCUGGCCCGCUCAGCGCUACCGAGGCUUCUACGGCCGCUACCGGGCCUUUGGCCCGCCUGUGGCCUAUCACCCGCAGGACGGCGUCCCAGAGACGGACCUGAGGUCCGAGUUGUCCCACGGCCUUGAGGAGUUUGGAGAGACCACGGCGGGGGGACAACAUCCCACAGCCUCGUUUGUGGAGUGGACCCUACGCGCUGAGUCUCCGUCCUCAGAGAAGAACUUCUUGGCGGAGCCGACGUCGCCAACAUCCGGCCACGGCAUCUCCCGCUCGCAGAGAGGCGUCGCUCGCAUGCUUUCUGACCUUCCAGCAGCCGAGCGUCCCCACGGGAGCCCGGCAACCAAACGCAGGGACGUGGACGAGGGCCCGGUACCCCCGGGAGACCACGCCAAGAAUCAAGCCGCCGUGCGAGGGUUACUCAGAGACCAUGAGGACGUGGCCUCGAAACGCAGAGAAGGCGCUGAAAACAAGAUGGCGGAAUCGGACCGGCCUCUCUCGCCCUCUGAAGAAGCUGGCGAGCAAAGUCCGCCGCACCCCAACAUGGUGGAACCGCUGUCAGACCUCCGGGGGAACCGGAAUGUCCGCAACGGUUCUGGAGUCCAUGGGCCCAGUGACCAUCUCUUUGAAGUGACUGUGGAGGUCCACUUCAGUCAGAACCAGGUCCAGGCGGGCGGGUCCCUGAUGAAGUCAGUCAAGGCUCUGGUUCUUCAACAUCUGAACGGGCUGGACGUCCCGCUCACGCUGACCUUUAAGAGAAUCAAACGGCUGCGUGCGGGAGAACUUCACAUCAUUUGGGUCAACACCGGCUCGGACAGCGAGAACCACCACGUCUACGCCAGCGUGCACUCGGACCUGCAGGGACUCGUCGGUGUCUCCCUGAAGGGGAACCAAAACAAGGCCGUCAUCGCCUCGGUGUCCAUCGCAGACGUCAACGAGUGUGGCACCCAGUUGGCGCGGUGUGACGUCAAUGCAGAAUGUUCCGACCAAUUUGGAUCCUACUCCUGCCGCUGCAAAGCGGGCUUCAGGGACCAGUCUCGUCCGGGUCCUGGUGGAACCGUCUGUGUCGAUGAGAAGGCGGAAGGUUCCAGUUCCGGCUGCACUGGAGGUCUGUCGCCCGAGACCAAGGGCGUGUACGUGGUCUUCUUCCUGCUCAGCGCCCUCAUCGUCCUGCUGCUGGUGACCGCCUGCACCUUGUACCGCCGCCACCACCGGGGGGGCUUCUCGCUGCGCUGCGGCAGCAAAGGCCAUGCCUCUCAGCAUUGCCGUGACGACGGCUACUCCAGCCCCGCAAACUCGGACCUUCCGCCGCCCCCGCCGCCGAGCAGGGGGCCUCGCGAUGGUUGGGCCCCGCAGAGGGAGCGGCGCGCGGCGGUCGACGUGCCGCUGCUCCGCUUCGGCGCGCUGAGACCGUCCGACAGCUACACGCAGGCGGCCGGCAGGAGUUGACCUUUCUUUGGCUUUUGUGUUACCAUGCGAAAUAGUCACUUCACUAGGUACACAUCCAAAUAAAAGUUCCGUAUUUGCCGCGAUCAGGUCUUCAUUGAACAUACUGUUGCGCUUGUAGAAACUUCCAGAAGUGCAGGGAACACAAAUGUCCUGCGGGGGCCGCUAUGGGGCUUGUGAGGCCCGAGCAGUCUAUUAAAGAGUUUGGACAAACAUGGCGCCCUGUCGUCAGGUGAAGGAGCUUUUGACCAAUCACUGAAGAGGUUGUCUGGCCAUACUCUCUCUGAUUGGUCAAAAGCCUGUCACAUGACGACAGGACGCCAUGUUUGGGAGUGACAAUGUUUGAUGUUGUCAACAAACAGGAAGUAGUGAAGGGCUAAAGCAGGAAAUGAGUGAUGUCAGGUGCACAUAAAAUUUAGACUUGUACAUUAUUCAAUAAAUGUUACUCGGGUGUACUAAAUGUUUUGAUUGUGC